GAGCUCAUCAUCUCGCUUGCGAGGUAUAAUCGCAACCUAAUUCUGUUAGGCUCAUUCGGGAUCAUUCGGGAACUUGUCCUUAGGGAAAGCAAUGAGCCUUAUCCCUAAGGAGUGCACCAGCAUUUGACAGGUGCAGUCACUGCCGUCCUUUGGCUUCCUCUGGGCUGUGUCUGAAGACAUGCCCUGACUUGUCAAGCCUGGUCCUGCUACAUCCUGAGGAUUCAACAAGCCCGCUCCAACGGCGUCAUCCGUCCAGUUGGGAGAGCUUUGUUCGAUUUUGAAAUUUCUCGCCGGCUGCCAACUCUUCGGAUUCUGGGACGGCCCCGCCCCUCGCCCGGGCCCCGCCCCUCCACACUCAUUGGUCCGUUCAAUCCACGCCGGCGCCGAGGCGCGCUCAUUAAGCGAUGGCAGAGUCCAGGAAACGCUGCCUCGGCAGGGCUGCGAGGAAUCCCUUGCCGGUGGCCCGGGACCUGCAGCUGCCCCCGACCAGGCGAGACCAGCCGGCCUUCCGAGACCAGGCUGGCCUUGAACUCAAGGAGAAUGUCUGCGUCCGCUUCCUGAGCACAUUUCCUUUGUACAGAAAUAAUUUUUUUCUUUUAAUUAAUAGAGAUCAGAAAAUGAUAACAUCUGAGGAUCGGGUCCAAGAAGGGAAAAAAGUUGUGAAACUCAANACAGAAGUGGCUGAUAAGGAAAAUAUUGAAAGUACAGUUGAGAAAAACUGCAUUCCAUUAAAAGCUGGAGAAGUAACCAGCUCAGAAAUACAUAAUUCGAAGGAUAAUGUUCAAGCUGUGCCGUUAUUAUCAACAAGAGAUGAUUUGCCAGGUCAGACUGUGACAUUAGACCAGGCAUGUCACCAUAAAGACAAUAAAAAGAUGCAACUGACUACAGAGAAGCCCAAACAAGACACUAAUGUGUCUAAAAAGCGAGUGCUUGGCUAUUAUCAUGGCCAGAUUGUUCAGUCCAAGAUUAAUUCGUUUAGAAAGCUUCCCAGUGUCAAAGGCGAGAGUCUUACAACAACCAAGAAACUUCCCCCUACUGUGUCUAAAGCCAGGAAGGCUCAGUGUGAGCCUGUGAACACCGUCAGCGUAAGAGCCUCAAAUACAGCUGCUGCCACCAAGUCUGCAGACACUAAACCUGUGAGCACUACGUCAAAGGACACACUUGUGCGACCACCUAUCCGAAGCCUCCACAGUAGUUCCCACGGAGCUGCGAAACAGGGCCUCAGCAGGCCCCUUGCCAAUGUNNCAGUCAGAAAAGGGUUGCUUGAAACGGAGUCACAUCGACCAGAACCAGUUGGGUCUGUUGUCAAAGCCAGUUCUUCUCAGGACACAAAAAGAGACAAGGCCCCANCAAGAAGCAUAGCAUGUAAAGAUGCAGCCAGGACUGAUCCGUCUAAUACCAGACUGAUGGUAAAGUCAAAAGAUACUGACCAGCGCAGAUCCACGAUCGCAGGAGCAAGUGUUCAUAGAUCAGCUCAGCUCAAGGACGCCACCGCAGAGAGGAAAGCUCAGAUGACCGAGUGGAGAACUGGCAAAGGAAAGGGGCUAAAACGACCUCCUCAUUCAGUAGUCACCCAGGCUGAGCCAAAGGGGCAAACUGAAAACCCAGUUGGGUCCUUUUGGACUACCAUGGCAGAAGAAGAUGAGCAGAGAUUAUUUACUGAAAAAGUAAACAAAACUAUUUCUGAAUGCCUGAACCUUAUUAAUGAGGGAUGCCCAAAAGAAGAAAUUUUGGCUACAUUGAAUGACCUGAUUCAUAAUAUUCCAGAUGCCAAAAAACUUGUUAAAUAUUGGAUAUGUCUUGUACGUAUUGAACCAAUCACAAGUCCUAUUGAAAAUAUUAUCUCAAUCUAUGAGAAGGCCAUUCUGGCAGGAGCUCAGCCUAUUGAAGAGAUGCGUCAUAUAAUCAUAGAUAUUCUAACAACGAAGAAUCAAGAAAAAGUCAAUUUGGGAGAAAAUAUUGAGGAGGCUCAUGCAACCAAGGAACCUAUCCAAGAAGUAAAUGUUGACGCUAAUGUAGGGUCAGGAAAACCAGGAGAGGAGAAUGCACAUCAUGGCAAAGUUGAGGUUUAUGAAGAUGAUCAAGACAACAAAAUAAAAGAUCCGGAUUUAACAACUCCGGACUCAAAAACUGAAGCAGGUUGCAUAAUUCGGUAUAAUGUAUCUUCUACACCUCGGCUGCAAAGGGGUGAUGCUAAGGGUCAGACUCAGAGCCCUGAAUAUGAUGGCUCCUGGUUCCUGACACCAGUGAGACGCUCACGACGCAUUCAAGACAAGACUUCANGACUGCCAGACAUGUUAAAAGACCACGACCCCUCUGUGUCUUCCCUGGAGCAGUUGUCUGAGCUGGGAGGGGAUGCUUUUGUCUGCCGCCCUAAUGCAGCACUGNGCCCUCUGUUCUUUGAGACAGACGUAGCAGAAGAGGAAUAGGAGUCCCGAGUCCUGAGCAGUUAUGGUUGUGNUACUCCUGUGGCCGUGCAUGUGUACAACUUUAUUGUAGGUCUGAAGUUGUCCGCAUGCCUAAGUAUGGUACAGGUGAACUCCACUAGCUUGUUUGUUGUGUUUUUAAAAUAUAAUGUUGGUUGCUUCACUUUACUAAUUACUUACAGUUAAAGAAGCAAAAUCAGAAAAUGUAGUCUAUAUAAAUUUAUAUUUUUACAUUGACUUUGUUCCUAAUACGUUUAUA